AUGUCAUGUCCGGAGACCAAAUUUAAGAGAGCAAACAAGAGGGUGUCUGUUACAGGAGUCAAACAGGUGAACAACAGAACUAUGACCACAGGAAGAGAGAAAACAUUACCUAAAGGAAAGGGUGUAGACAGGAAUCAUGACAAAGAUGUGUAUGCUGUUAGAAGUGGUUGGUGGAGAAACACUAUUAAGAACUCUCCCAUUCCUGGCACUUACCACAUCCGAGACUUCAUUGAGGAAAUGGGUCUCAACCCUGUGACUAAUACGUAUGGUUUCAAAAGCACCGGGCGGAGGGAUACCCUCAUGAUGUGUGUGCGUAGAGGGGAUGUGUUAUUGCCUGGGGCGUAUAACUUCACCGACUCGACCAAUGAGGCUCUCCGGCACCAGGCCACUUACUCUUUCAAAAACUGCCCCAGACCUGAUAACUACACUUUGGGGAUCAGGGACAAAGAUAUUCGGCUUUCACCUGGUCAUUAUGAUGUUACUGAGAAGCCCGUCACCAAAUCCCCAUGCAAACAUGUGAUGUUCCGUUCAGUGGUCCAGAGAGUCAGUUUUCUCCCUAAGGAGGGUCCUGCGCCGGGACAAUACAACCCGAGACCAAGCACAGGCACUGCAGUCACUUCCUGCUUCAGAUCAACACUUCCCCGACUGUACAGUGCACACACUGGAACUCCAGGACCUGGUGUAUAUGAGCCGACGUGGCACAAGGGUCAACGGCUGACCUUUGGGGUCAAAGUGCACUGGGACCAUGACCUCCUCUAUCGCAACAUACCAUGA